AUGGCAGAAGUCCCUUGUGAAGAAGGUGGAGACUCGGCUGCUGUGAUGGAGCUGCUGCAGCAGAGAGCAGAGGGAAGGAGCAAUUUCAGCCUCAGAUGCACCAAUAACAGAAAGGUGAUUAUUGCAGUCACCGUGCUCACUGUGGUGCUGCUUCUCACAGUUGCCAUCAUCACACUGGCAGCUAAGAAAGACCCACCGUGCCCAGCUACCACCCUGCCCAGCUGCCUGGAGAGUGGGAUUGGCUUUGGGAACAAGUGCUUUUACUUUCUGGAGGAGGAAGUGGACUGGGAAGGGAGUCAGCACUCCUGCCUCUCCCGCCAAGCCCACCUGGCCACUAUUGACACCAGGGAGGAGCUGCAUUUCCUCCUGCGCUAUGGGAACUUCAUGGAAUACUGGGUUGGUCUCUGGAGGGAAGGUUCUGGACCUUGGAAAUGGCUCAAUGGUUCCUUCUUCAAUGCCCUCAUUCAGACACAACCCAUGGAUUUGUGGGAUGCAGAUAAUGAUGGGAGCCUGGGGGCAUCCCUGGAUCAGGGGCAUCCUGGGACCAAGAACAUGAAAACAUUGAGGAGUGGAAGGUUUGACAUCCAGGGCAAUGGCCACUGCGCCUACACGAACUCCCACAGGAUCAGCAGCGACAGGUGCUCUGAGACGAAAUUCUCCAUCUGCAGCCACCUGCAGAGACAUCCCAGUGAAGUCCAGAAGGAUACAGAAAUCCUGAAUUCCACCUGA